GUCAAACUACGAUGCGAUUGCUAGGAUCCGCAGCACUGCUGCUAGUGCUGUCAGCGGUUGCCGUCAUCGGUGCUGACGAGUGGGGUUGGCUUCCGCUCGAGGAUGGACUGCAGGGCGAGGAGAAGGUGCGCGAGAAGCGGCAGGACAUCGGAGUACUGCCCGCUUCCCAGCAAAACGUCACCGAGGUUAGCGACGAGGACAUCCUGAAGUUCAUCCUCGACAGCGGUCGGCAAGGGCGCAGCCUCGAAGGGUUCGACGAGGUGUACAGCGAUCCGUCGGUGCAGGACGCUCUCCAGAAUGCGGACGAUGCGCAGGCACGUAACAUCAUCAAGGACAAGCUGUGUUCGCUCGGGUUGAUGCAGUGUGACGGUCAAGGCGAAUCGAUCGAAGGCAAACGACCGUACUAUCCGAUCUACGCCCAGCAGCAACCGCCACGACCGAGACCCCCGGUACGAGGGCCACCGCUACCGCCCCAACAGUACGCCCAGCGUCCUCCGCAGCCACCACAGCAGCAAGCUUACCCACCCAAGCCACAGCACCAGGGACCGUACGGACCGCCGAAACCGAUGCCCGUACCGAACCACGCGCAGCACAAGAUCGGCUAUGCCGGACCCCAGCAGCGUCCACCGUACAGUGGACCGCCGAACUCGUUCGCUGGCCCCAGUUACGCGUCCGCCUACCCAUCGAAACCACUCGGACCGAUCUACGAGGGCGAUACACCACCGUUCGAGUUCGAACCGAUCGGAGCUGGCGAGAAGAUCUACGAGAGUCCCCUCUCGAAGCCGGGACUUGUGCUCAACGAAGGACCGCUGGUAAAACCGGUAGAGCAGCACAUUCACCAUCACUACCACCACAUUGACGGUGCGGCCGAUUCGAAGACGGUCGUGGUGAACAAUCCUGGCCCGGUGGGCGCUUCGGUACUGAGCGGUUCGGCCGUCGUUGGCGGAUCCAGCUCGUCUAGCUUCAACAGCGGCCUCUACUCGGCUGGCGGCGUUUACGGUGGCGCUCAGGGACUUUCGGGCGGUGGAUUUUCACCUCUCGCUGGGUCAGACUUUGAUUACAAAGAGCUGAAGGGCGUUAACAACAACAAUGGCUUCGGGCAGUCGGGAGUGUAUGCCGCCCAGUCGAAGCCUGUGUUUGAGGGUUCGUCAUCUUCGUUCGGGCAGGGAGGCCAGAGCAGUCUGUACAACCAGGGACCGGCACAGUUUGGCAGCAAUUCGCUGUACAGUGGCGAAAGCUCCAGUGCGUACCAGGGUGGCAAUGGAGCGGGCUUCCAUUCCUCCAAUCCGGCGCUGUAUAAGAAGGAGCUGAACGUUAAGGGUCCGGCCGCCUCGAACGGUUUGGGCACGUACUCCGGCAACAACUACAGCAAGUACAGUCAAUACACCAAUGGACAGUAUGCCGCGAACGGAGGACAGUUUGGCUCUAGCGGAGGACAGUUCGGAGCAAAUGGAGGCCAGCAGUUCGGUGCAAAUGGAGGCCAGCAGUUCGGUGCCAAUGGAGGCCAGUUCGGUGCUAACGGUGGACAGUACAGUCAAUUCGCCAACGGAAACGGUAUUGAGGAUUGCGUCUGUGUGCCGUACGAUCAGUGCCCGGCGCAGGAUGUGAUCGGCCGCAAGGACGAUCUGAUCCUCCCGCUUGAUCCGCGUAAUCUCAAGACAGACAUUGAAGCGGCAGCUGAUGAGGUGGUAAUUACCGAUGGUAACGGUACGAUGACGGUGGUGCGCGUACCGAAGAAUGCCACAGCGGAACCGGAAACGAAGACGAAGAAGAUCAGCAAGCGCGAGGCAGCGGAGGGCAAAUCGAACGAGGCAAAGGAUAAGGCCAGCAUUGAACCGCGUUUGUUGGGUGGUGGUAACGGUGGAGACAAGAAGGUAGUGCCCACGUUUGGAGUAUCGUUCGGUUUGCCGUACCCGACCGGCGGCUACCCGCUCAACCCGUACGGUCCUCACCCCGCCCCGAACCCUUACUUUGGAUCGCUCAGUGCCAAUGGCUUAAAUCUGGGGCUGAUCAACGUCAACCCGCUCCUGUCGCUGCAGGUGACAAAGGACGAGUACGGCGACAAGGUGCUGAAACCGUUGGUCAACCUGCACGUCACACCGACCGAAAACAUUGUGCACAAGAUUGGCGGGCUGCUGGCGGCCAAAAAGCAAAACAUUUACCACGUGUUCAAUCAGCACGAACACUACCACUCCCACCACGGAGGGUAUCCGAGGCCGCCGCCAAUCUACCAUCCCCAUCACGUGCACGGACCGCCUCCACCGUACGUUGACGGGCCGAUCCUUUCCCGGCCACCGCCGUUCGGUCCCGGUGGCCAUCCGGAGCUGAUCUACACCAAGCCGCCCGGUCCGAUUUACACCGGAGGUCUGGGAGGGUUUAAUCGACCGCCUCCACCUCCACCGUUUGUUGGAGGUCAGCCACCGUUUGGGGGACCCGUUGGGCCCCACUUUGGACCACAGGUUGGGCCGGCGGGCGGCUUUGGCCCAGCUGGUUUUGGUGGUGGUCCCAGGCCUCCGUAUUUCCGUGACGCUUCCUCGGUGGUGAAGAACGGCGAGGACACUGAGUACUACGACAAUGUUGAGUUGGGUCGUAGCACGAACGUAACGUUUGCUGGUGAAAGCACGAACGCUUACCGGCCUGCCGGUAACUUCAAGUACCAGUCGGUAUAUCCGCAAAAUGCACCGAACAACAUCAAUGCAAACAGAGCUCAGUACGGUCGGCAGUACCAGAACUAUAGGCACGAGAUCAGCGAGCUACCUACAGACCGAUCUAACGCUGUAAGACUUCCAUCCUCCAUUCCGACCCAGAGUGUGCCCACGCCGGCACCGGGCCACGCGCAGGGUAGCCCCACGAUCAGCUUCCCAAGCAGCCGACGCAGACGCCGGGCCACGGACGUCAGUGUGCCGGAGUCGCUGGAAGAAGGUCAAGAAACGGUAAAGCAAAUUGAAGAACCGGUUGCGGUUGAACCCUCCUCCGUACAGGAAAAAUCUUUCUCCACCGAAAAGAGACAAGCGUACUACGGACCUCGCCCUGGUCAGCAACAGCAGCAGUGCAGCGGUCGUCAGGUUUGCUGCCGUAAGCCCGUGUAUCGCAAUCCAGCGAGCCAGAAUCUGGGCAAGUGUGGUGUACGAAACGCGCAAGGCAUUAACGGACGCAUCAAGAACCCGGUGUACGUGGACGGUGAUAGCGAGUUCGGCGAAUACCCAUGGCAGGUGGCGAUUCUGAAGAAGGAUCCCAAGGAAUCGGUGUACGUGUGCGGUGGUACCUUGAUCGACAAUCUGUACAUCAUAACGGCGGCUCACUGUGUGAAAACCUACAAUGGAUUUGAUCUUCGUGUACGCCUCGGCGAAUGGGACGUAAACCACGACGUUGAAUUCUACCCGUACAUUGAGCGCGAUAUCAUCUCGGUGCAGGUACACCCGGAAUAUUACGCCGGCACGCUUGACAACGAUUUGGCCAUUCUGAAGAUGGACCGUCCGGUGGAUCUUACCAGUGCGCCCCACAUCGCGCCCGCCUGUCUGCCCGACAAGCAUACCGAUUUCUCCGGCCAACGUUGCUGGACCACCGGCUGGGGUAAGGACGCGUUCGGUGACUAUGGCAAGUAUCAGAACAUCCUGAAGGAGGUGGACGUGCCGAUUGUGAAUCACUACCAGUGCCAGAACCAGCUGCGCCAGACGCGCCUCGGCUACACGUACAACCUGAACCAGGGCUUCAUCUGUGCCGGCGGCGAGGAGGGCAAGGACGCGUGCAAGGGCGAUGGUGGUGGUCCGCUGGUUUGCGAACGGAACGGCGUCUGGCAGGUGGUUGGUGUCGUGUCGUGGGGCAUUGGCUGCGGCCAAGCGAAUGUGCCCGGCGUGUACGUUAAGGUCGCCCACUACCUGGACUGGAUCAAUCAGGUUCGUGGUCGGUUCUAGGCGUGUAUGAGACUCGGCCCACCCCAGAUAUGCCACACUAUAUUUAUUGACCCACGCAGCGUAGUUUUGUAGAGCUUAGGGUACUAUGAGCGAGACGGAUGGCGCAACGAUAUAAUAUGUAUUAACAGUCUACUUCUUCGGCUGGGGCAAGGUGCAAAUGCGCAGACCAGCCGGAGUUACAGUGUACGAUGCUAUGUGCAGGCAUUCGAGUGUGAGGAACGAGUUUGUUUUUCGCGAGAUUUAUUGUGUAUACCUAGCCGUAACGAAAAUCGAGAUUCUCGUGCAUGAAAUGAAUAAAUUAUUCUAUUUAUUCUGUCUUUUGUAAA